CAUGAAUUAAAAUCAACAACUGUGCUUUGUUCAAAAAAUACCUUAAGCGAAUUUCCAAUAAUUCCCUAACAAUUAUGGAUAUAAUUAAAAUAAUGAAUCUUAAUCAACUAAAAAAAAAUAGAUGUCAUCCUCACCCUCAAGCGAUUUGUUUUUUUCUAGUAUAACAAAAAAUUAUUUUUAAUACAAUUGCCAUUAACCUAAGGCACAUCCAAAAGAAGUCUAAAAUUUUAACAUUAAUACAUCUUGUGCUGUAUAUCAAAAAUAAGGUUCAGAAAAUAUUAAAAGAUAAGAUUACAUAAAUACUUUCAAACAAUUGAAAGAAAACUUUAAGAAUAAAUAAACUUUAAGAGAGAAAACACAAUCUGAAAAGUUAAAAUUAAUAAAUACUCAAUCUGAAGAUUGA